AUGGAGGUCUUCUCCAAGUACUUUCGGCGCGUGCUGCAAAACAAUGCGCCCACCAUCUUUGGGACAGGCUCGCGCAAUGCAGACCCCAACGGCAGCUACCAGAUCCUCAUGUCUGAAAUGCAGAAGCUGCGGAAAGAGCCCGACCAAGCCGACAAGAUUGCAGAGUCGAUUAGCUCGAGUGAAGGCGACCUGUUCCGCGACUUCGACCUCUCCACAUUCGUGGCACACUUCAAACUCGACCCUAUCGCGAAGACCAUGCUUGCGCUUGCUUGUAGAAAGACCGAUCUUCGGGCCAAGGCCGAGGCAGUGCUCGCAACCGUCGGCGAAGACCUCCUCUUGGCUAUCGCGCAACCUUUGCCAACCGACGAAUUGAGCCCCGAAUACAUGGCCGUCCUCGUCGAGCGAUUGCUCAACGAUCCCCCACAGGCCUGGGAUGACGACAAGAAGCAUGGGGUCGUCUAUGCGGUACAGAUGCGCUAUUCACAAACCCACUCCCAAAUACCGGCCGCGGUAGAAUCCAAGUUCAUACUGGCCGAAUGUGCAGAUGGAUCACGGCAUCCCUUGAUCAAACUGAUCCGGCGAGCAGGCCCACAAGGUACAGCCACGGUGGAUGCAUGCAAAGAUAUUCUUGCAGCUGCCGAAACUCGCGACAUUAGCUAUCAGCAGGUCGGAACGACUCUGCUCUACCUCGCAAUCUCGCCCGGAUACAAUGCAAAGAACUUUGUCGAGGCUUUACGCGAACAUCGUGCUGGCCAACGACUGGACUGGCAGGAUGUUGUCCACUCUUUCGACCGAGACGGCUUGCGCAUCGAAAAGUCGCAAUUCCUCGCCAUCUACGAAGCUUUGCUGCCAAUCGCGCAGACCACUGAAACAUUCGAUAUUCAGGCUCUGUGGGGAGGGACAUGGCAACAUGCUCUUACGCAUCUUUACUUCCUCCUGUGCUUCCUGUCAUGCACCCCCCAGGAGCUUGAUGUAUCGCAGAUACCACGACUUCGUGUAUCCUUCUCCAUGAAGACCUUUGAGAAUGCAUCGGAUGACGUCAAAACGUUUGCUGAGCAGGCAGUCAAGCAUCCAUUUGUAUCCCUCGACGCAACCAGUGCUCUCUUCAACAUGAUCUUCCAGACAUCGGAGACAUAUCACUCUGCGCAAAUGAUGGGCAUACCCGACAUGGUGAUUAAUCCGCACACUGCGGAGUUCCUCGUAGCCGCAGCCGCCGUUCCGAAACCGUGGGGAGCGCUACAGGAGCAAGCCCUCAAACAACUGUUCGACCCAUAUUUCCACAAGAAGCUUCCCAUCUACAACUUUGUCCUCUAUGGCCUAUGGCAGCAAGACCUACAGUGGCUCGUCGAUCGAUUUGUUGAUGCGUACAAUGCAGACUCGAUGACGCUGACCCUGAUCCUGGAGCACGCAGAAGCCAACGCCUGGCUGGAGCCUCUGAUUCGCAGCAACACCGACAUCAGCCUGGACCUGGCCGCGCAGGCACAUGCGCGGGGUAAAUUCGAAGUCGAACCUUGGUUACAACAGACGUUUGAGCAGGCUGGCCCGCUGUUCCGUCGCAUCCUGACUAACUUUCUAAGUGCCCGAGCCGCCGAGGAAAUGCAGCGCGUUAGGGAUGAUCAUCAGCCUCUAAACCUACCGCUGGCAGUAAAGACAGUGUACCCGCUCCUUUGGUUUCUCGCAGAAUGCGGGCUACCGGAACAAGAGUUGCUGCCCUUGCAACGAAACUGUAUCCAGGCCUAUCCACGACUGAUCAAUUACGGCGAAGGUGUAGAUGAUGUUAUCGAUGCCAACGGGCAGAACGGCAACGCACUCCCAGAGGAGGCCGAUAAGAAGAUGCAGGAGCAUUUCAAAAACAUGUACAGCGGCGAAAGUGAUGUGCGAGACAUCAUUUCGGUCCUGAAAAAGUACAAAGAGUCACGAGACCCUGCCGAGCAAGAGCUCUUCGCAUGCAUGAUUCAUGGCUUGUUCGACGAGUACAAUUGUUUUGGCGAAUACCCUCUGGAAGCGUUGGCCACGACCGCUGUACUUUUUGGUGGAAUCAUCAACUUUAACUUGCUGUCUCGGAUCGCGUUGCAGGUUGGACUCGCCAUGGUCUUGGAAGCAGUUCAGGAGUACCGACCGGAAGAUUCCAUGUACAAGUUUGGACUGCAGGCGCUCAUACACUUUUCAACCCGUCUUUCGGAAUGGCCUAAUUACUGUGACCAACUCCUAAUCGUUCCCGGACUACAGGGCACCGAGAUUUUCGCCAAAGCCGAGGAAGUAGUCGGUCAGCAAGUAGGAGAAGUCAGUGGCGAUGCGCAAAAUGGUGUGAGCCUCACGAACGGUAAUGGCAUCGAAGACGCCCUUCACCAGGAGCCUGCCAUACCCAAAUUCACCUGCCUGCAUGUCGACCCACCACUCCGGCCCGAGCUUUACGAGGAGCCGGACGAAGAUGUACAAGAUAGAGUGCUGUUUGUGCUCAACAACGUGUCCGAACGCAACUUGCGCGACAAGAUCAAUGAUCUUACGGAGGCGGUCGAGGAAAGACACCAUCAAUGGUUUGCCAACUACCUGGUGGAAGAGCGUGCAAAGAUGCAACCCAACUUUCAACAGCUCUAUCUCGACAUGCUGGAUUUAUUCAACAACAAAACGCUUUGGGCUGAGGUGCUCCGUGAGACGUAUGUUAGCGUAAUACGCAUGCUCAACACAGAUGCGACGCUCGGCUCGACGGAGCGUGGACAUUUGAAGAAUCUGGGUUCCUGGCUAGGCUCUCUCACCAUUGCGCGUGAUCAGCCGAUUAAGUUUCGCAAUAUUUCCUUCAAGGAUCUCCUACAUGAGGGUUACGAUACUGACCGACUGCUACUCGUCAUACCUUUCACCUGCAAGGUGCUAGUCCAGGCUGCCAAGUCCACCAUUUUCCGGCCGCCCAAUCCUUGGAUCACCGAGCUGCUGGGGGUCCUGAUGGAGCUGUAUCACUUUGCCGACCUCAAACUCAACCAAAAAUUCGAGAUUGAGGUCCUCUGCAAAGGCCUCGAUCUAGACCACAAGGAUAUCGAGCCUACUAACAGCAUCCGAGCACGCCCUCAAGCCGACGAAGAGUUCCUGGGUCCAAUGGUCACAGACGGAAUGGAGGCGUUUGGUGAUCUGUCCAUCAUGAGUCUUAAUCGCACUCGAGGCCCCAGCGAACGCUUUUCGUCUGCGAACAUUACAGCUCAACUGCCAGACUUUACGAACCAGCUACAGUACCCUCCCUCUGGAAACAGUGUAGUUGCGCCGGCCACUCUGAAGAAGAUCUUCUUGACCGCUGUCAAUCAAGCAAUCCAAGAAAUCAUUGCGCCCGUGGUGGAACGAUCUGUGACCAUUGCCGCCAUCUCGACUUCACAACUCAUCAGCAAAGACUUUGCCAUGGAGCCCGAUGAGGAGAAGCUGCGUAAUGCUGCCCAUACCGUUGUACAGGCACUAUCUGGUGCUUUGGCAUUGGUCACUUGCAAGGAGCCAUUACGCAUGAGCAUUCAGAAUAAUAUCCGGGUGACGGCGAGAGAUCUUCCAGAGCAAGCUCUACCCGAAGGACACAUACUCAUGUUCGUCAACGACAAUCUUGACCUCGUCUGCAACACGGUGGAAAAGGCUGCCGAGUUGUCCUCUUUAGCUGAGAUCGACAUGCAGAUUGAAGAAGCCAUCCGUGUGCGUCGAAUGUUCCGCAGCACUCGUCCAAACGAAGCGUUCAAAGACGCCAAUAUCAGUCCAUGGGCCUUCUACAUCCCUGAACCGUACAAGCAAGCAGCCGGAGGCCUGAACAGGGAGCAGUUGGCCAUUUAUGAGGAUUUCGGCAGGCAGUCACGGGGCCUCCCGCAUGGCAACAACACAUCUCAAGAUAGCGGGCGACAGGUACCAGACGUGCUUCAAGAUCAAUUUGCGGCGGUUCCGAAUCUCCCCACACCAGGUGCCGCACCCGUAGAGCCGCGUCAACCGACACAACAACAAACUCGACUUCAGAACAUGCCAGCACCCCAUGCUCCUGCAGCGCAACAACCGCUAAACGGCUACAUGGACGCUCCAGGCUUAGAUCGGGGCCAGCGAGGGGCUGAAGAGCUUUUGAUUGAGCUCACCCGUGUCAUCAAAGAGGCUCCCGAGGAACGCAUCAGCGACCUUCAGCCCGGAAACAGUAAUAUCCAUCAGGUUUUUGAUCAACUCAUUUCGAGCAUUGAAUUCGCUGGACCGAACAAGGACACGUUGGCCUUUCGCAUCGCUGGACAGAUGACCACUCAUCUCUUCUCUGAAUCUUUGACCCGCUUGGAGAUUGAAGUACUGGCACACUUACUGAGCCACUUGUGUCAAUUAUCCGUACAAACCUCGAGACAGGUUCUCAUGUGGUUGGCAACACUCCAUGACGACGAUCGGAUUUUCAAAGCUCCCGUCAUGUUGGCACUCAUGGACGUCAGCCUAAUGGACAUGCAUCGACUUAAUACCACCAUUGCCAAGGGCAUUCAAGAGCGGCGCGUCGCCGCCGUAGAGAUGCUGUCAAAUCUCAUGGAUGAGCUUCUGCUGAACGAGCACCCAAGUGCCUUCCGAGCUGACUUCGCUUUGUCCAUUGACGCGCUCACCAACUGGCUGGCUGAAGACUCCUCGUUCGAGCUUGGAAAGCGUGUCAUUGCUAGAUUACAGCCACCUUCGGAUGAGCUGGCUCUCACACCGCCUGCAUCUGGCCACAAAGAUCAGCUCGAAUACGUCUUUGAUGAGUGGGUCCAUCUACAGCAGUCUGAGACGCCUAAGAAGACAGUUGGCGCGUUCAUCUAUCAGCUUCAUAACCAGAAGGUGAUGGAGACUCAAGAAUCGUCCAUUGAGUUCAUUCGCACUUGCAUUGAUGCCUCUGUACUCGCCUACGAGCGCGAACACUCGCUUCCCUUUGGGACCGGAAACGAAGACAUUGCUACGAUCAAGGUGGAUGCACUUGCGAAGCUAAUUGUUGACCUAGUGGUCUACCAAGGCGGACAAGAGAAUGCGAAGGAGACUAGGGCGAGAUAUCUAGACCAAAUUCUGGUUGUUGUCGUUCUCGUCCUAUGCAAUCACCACAACACUCGUGGCGAUGCGUUCAACCAGAAGGUGUUCUUCAAGCUGUUCUCGACAAUCCUAUUCCAUCUCAAUGAUGCAGUCAAGGAAGAAUGCUUAGCCGGUCAAAAGGCGGAUUUGUUCCUCGCUGUUGCGAGAGCUCUCUUGAUCUUGCAGCCGAGCCACUUCCAACGAUUUACUUUCUCGUGGCUUGCUCUGAUUGCGCACCGCAUCUUCAUUCCCGCAAUGCUUGAGGAGGGGCAACAGGAUGAGCGCUGGGACGUUUAUGCUCGCUUGAUGGACACGCUAUUGGUCUUCACCGGUCAGCUCAUCAAGCCAACAGGAGAGACUCUCAUGGCCCAGCAAUUUUACCGCGGUGUAUUAAGAGUGCUGCUUGUGAUCCACCACGACUUUCCGGAAUUCUUGGUCGAGAACCACUUCCGCUUCUGCAACAGCAUCCCUAUGCAUUGUACACAGCUCCGAAAUCUAAUUGUGAGCGCAUAUCCGUCAACGAUACUAGAGAUGCCCGACCCUUUUACCGCAGGUCUCAAAGUCGACCGUCUGGAGAACGACCUCCAGGCACCGGUCAUCCGCGCCGACAUUGGCCAGUUGCUCAUCGACGCCGGAAUCAAGAGUGCCAUUGAUAAUCUGCUGAAGGGUACUGAGCUUAAGAAUCAGGACGUUGACAAGGUCUGUAAAGCUGUAUACUACCAAGAUGAGAAGUCUCCGGCCUUUGAGCUGGUCCCAACGACGGCAAACCCAGUGUUGAUUCAUGCCAUUACACUCUACAUCGGCAUUGCAACACUCGGUGAAGGCAACGUCAGCUCACCCAUCUUCGACGCUGACAGUGCGGCCACCAAGGUCAUUGAGAGACUAGCCAAGGACUUCCAUCCGGAGGCACGCUUCCACUUCAUCAGCGCAAUUGCCAACCAGCUCCGCUUCCCCAACGCUCACACCCAGUUCUACAGCUACACGCUACUCCACCUUUUCGGGCCUCCCAACGAUGACUCGCAGGCACUUGAGAUCCAGGGAACCAUUACGCGCGUACUGCUUGAGCGUUUGCUGGUCCACAGGCCGCACCCAUGGGGCCUGAUCAUCACCCUUCUGGAGAUUCUGAAGAACAGCAAUUACGCAUUCUGGGAGUUGCCGUUUGUCAAAGCGGCACCUGAGGUCGAACGCCUCCUUAGCGCCCUGUUUGGCACGCAGCAGAGCCCGCGACCUAUGGCUUAG